AUGGAGACGAAAGAAGCUGCAAACUUGAUCCUUACAUUAAUUGUGUGUUUAUGUAGUCUUGUACGCACUGAUACAGACGAUGAUAUAGCAUAUCAAACAGGAGGAGAUGAUUCCAUGAAAAUUGGACAGGCAAAGGCUGUUAGGUAUCUGCUGUAUGAUGUCAACCCAGGGGAGGGGUUUAACCUGCGGCGGGAUGUGUACAUGAGGGUGACAACACUUGUCCAUGAGUUGAACAAGGAGGAGCCGUGGGUGCUGGUCCUGCCACCCUGGGGGAGGUUGUACCAUUGGAAGUCCCCAGAGUUAGAGCAGAUUAAAAUCCCAUGGUCAACAUUCUUUGAUCUUCCCAGUUUGCGCCAGCAUGUACCAGUAAUUGAAUUUGAGGAAUAUCUCAAGGUGAGAGGAGAGCCGGUGAUAGAUGAAGUAUACUACUUACAGAGUUUCAAAGGGGGAUGGACAAAAUGGGAGGAAAAAAUGAAUAUCACUGAGUGUAAUGAUAGAACUGGAUUUGUGCAGGAUGAAGAAGGUAAUUGGCAUCACUGGUUCUUUGGAUAUGAAGAAGUGUAUGCUAAGAAAUUUGCUUGUGUGUCAUACAUGGGACAUGCUACAUUUAUAAAGCCAUUCUUACUGAAGAACACUACUGGAAGGUGUAUAAUGCUGCCCCGGGCAGAAACCCUUUUACACGAUCAUUUUGGGGACACUGGCUAUUGGAGAGCUAGAAGGAGCAUGGUUUUUGCGAAACAUUUGAGAGAUAUUGGGGAUGAAUUCCGAAGAGAAAACCUGGAUUCCACGGAUGAGGAUGAUAAAACAGUGCUGGAGGACUGGACAAAAAUGAAGAGAAAGCAUGGGGAUGCCUUAGGGGGUCCUUACGUGGGGGUACAUCUCAGGAGGAUGGAUUACCUGUAUGCCAGAGAAGGGAAUCUACCCUCUCUAAAAGGGGCUGCCAAACAAGUGAAGAAGAUCCUCAAAGAAUACAAACUGAAAAAAGUCUUUGUAGCAACAGAUGCACCAAGUGAAGAGUUUGAAGAAUUUCAAAGCUAUUUUAAGAAAUCCAAAGUUUAUCGAUUUAUACCUUCAAAAGAAAUCAAGGAAAAAUACAAAGAUGGAGGUAUAGCAAUUAUAGACCAAUGGAUUGCAGCCCAUGCCAGGUAUUUUAUUGGAAGCUACGAGUCCACCUUUUCUUUUCGAAUACAAGAAGAGCGGGAAAUAUUAGGAUUUGACCCUGAAACAACCUUCAAUAGAUUCUGUCCAGAUAAUGAUUCAGAUUGUGAGGGACCUUCAAAGUGGAAAAUAGUAUAUUAGAUAUCUUAGGUCUUUUAAAAUGUAUAUUUAAAUAAUCAAAGUUUUAAGUUUGUUUUUUAUAUUUUAGACAAUUUGAUUUUUUGACUCAUGAAAAUAUAUGAUCUCAUGAAUUCCAGCAUGUACAUGUACAUGAACACAGAAUAUUGUUUUGAAAUCUUUUUAGUGUUAAAGAAUGGAAUGGAAGUUA